CUACUCUCUAGUCUUCAUGAUCACGCCCCAUUUUCGCCAUUCGCCAAUCAAGUACACCUGACACCUGACAUAUGACAUUGUCAUUUGUAAGAAUUGUAAGUGAGAUUCCAUUAUUUGUAUGUAUUUGUGGUAUUUCUGUGAUUUGUAUUUAAUAGGAUUGUUCAGUGUAUAUGUUUUGUGGUGCACACGAUCAUUAUUCUUUAAAGAUAAGUGUUUUUGAAAAAAAAAUCAUAUACAGUCGCAAUGAGUGCUGCUGACGUCCUAAAAAGAUCUCCCCAAAUGGAAGCUGGCUCAGAACCUUCGGCUCCUAUUACUAAAAAGGGCAUUCUGACUUCCUUCCUAACGGGAAAACCCAUGAACAUACCGGAAACUGACAUCCUUGGACGAUGCAGGUUCGUUUCAGAGUUCGAGAAGCUCAAUAGAAUCGGAGAAGGCACAUAUGGGAUUGUUUACCGUGCAAAGGAUACCACAUCUGACAAAAUUGUAGCCUUAAAGAAAGUUAGAAUGGAUCUAGAGAGAGAUGGUAUACCUGUCAGCAGCUUAAGAGAAAUACAAGUAUUGUUGAAUUGCAGACAUGAGAACAUUGUGCACUUGAAAGAGGUUGUAGUCGGAAGAAGCCUAGAGAGCAUAUUUCUAGCGAUGGAAUACUGUGAACAAGAUCUUGCCUCACUACUGGACAAUAUGCAAGCUCCUUUCACAGAAUCACAAGUCAAGUGCAUCAUGCUGCAAGUAUUAAGAGGACUUAGGUACCUUCAUCACAAUUUCAUUGUUCAUAGGGAUCUUAAGGUGUCAAAUCUUCUUAUGACAGACAAAGGCUGUGUGAAGAUAGCAGACUUUGGCCUCGCUCGUUGGUUUGGCGUUCCUCUGAAGCCAAUGACACCAUCAGUGGUGACACUUUGGUACCGAGCUCCAGAACUCCUUUUACAGGCCCCUACGCAAACCACAAGUGUCGAUAUGUGGGCUGCAGGUUGUAUCCUAGGCGAGUUGUUAGGACAUAAACCUUUGUUGCCUGGAAGGACUGAGAUUCAACAGUUGGAACUCAUUGUGGAUCUUUUAGGUACUCCAUCAGACGCAAUAUGGCCUGGUUUCAGCGAACUACCAGCUCUUCAGAACUACACAUUGAAACAACAACCUUACAAUAAUUUGAAACAGAAAUUCCCUUGGUUAUCUGCUGCUGGUUUAAGACUGCUGAACUUCUUGUUCAUGUACGAUCCCAGAAAGAGAGCCACAGCUGAAGAAUGCUUGCAGAGCAGUUACUUUAAGGAACCACCACAACGUAAGCAGAACAAAGAUGACCAUAUUGAGCUUCAGCUAAAACUACAGGCUAUCCUCAAAGUUGGGACUUUUCUUUUCAGAAACAACUGCGUAUCAACUAAAGCUAAUGCGUGCUAAAACAGCAGCAAAAAUAAACCACUUCUCACUAUUCAUUUGAUUAGAAAUUCCAAAUACUACCGUGUCAUUUGUUUUGCUUGUGAAUACGGUCGAAUUGCGAUUCAAAAACACAAGUUUAUUUUCCUCAUCAUAAAUAUGCAUCAUUUGGGGCUGACUACGUUUUCUACCGUAUCCAUCUCGACCGCCUUUACUCAAUGUAAACAUACCUUCGCAUUUCGGGACGGUAACAUCUGAACGUCCGGAAUACACUUGUGAAGGAUCAGUAGAAUCAGUAAG